AUGCAAAAAGUUGGAAUCACCACGAAAACACCUACGACCCGACAAGAGAAAUUCGGUGCAUUCAAGGAGUACGCUCAAGAGAGACAAGGUUUGAGGCCCGGUAUGAAACCACAGAAUCCUUAUGCAAAUAUGGCUUCAUCACAACAAAACCCUUAUUCAAAUAAUGGGCUGUCUUCGUCACAUUCAUAUAAUGUGAGUACAGGUACAAGUAGUCCAUAUGCUUCAUAUUCAGGCAAGGGUCAUGAUUCUGGAAAUGCAACAGGUCAUCAUGAUUCAUCUGGGGCUGGCUCUCAGCAAAGAGUGAGGGCAAAGCAUAAUCCUUACGUGUCUCAUACCAGCCGGGCAAGAAAUGAUGACGAGCUGAUGCUCGAUCUCAAUGCAAUUCCAACGGAUGAGCCAAUAAUACGCUCCAGGAAGCCUAUCAGGAAACCAGUAGAUGUUGAUUCGUUGGACUUGAAUGCAAAUCCUGAUGAAGAAGAUUUGAACUUGGAGGUGGAUGAUUUUUUACCCGAUGAGGAACAAGUCAAUGAGGAGGAUGAGGAGGUGGAAGAAAUCAAAGAAAAUAUCAGAUUUGUUAAGCAGGAAUCAGUAGCACUGACUAGAAACACCUUACGCAUGGCUCAGGAAGCUGAUGCCUCGGGAACUAAUACUCUAGGUAUGCUUGGUUCUCAGUCAGAACGCUUGUACAAUGCCGAACAAAACUUAUUAUUAGCAGACACCCAAACCAAGAUAGCGGAAGAUAAGGUUGCAGAAUUGAGACGUUUGAAUAGGUCGAUCUUUAUACCGGCUUCAGGAAACCCUUUCAAUAAGAAAUCACGUUUACGCGAAAAGGAAUCAAAGCUAAAGGCGCAAAAGGAACAGGAGAAGUACUUGCGUGAAACCAAUCGACAAGGCGUGUACGCAAGCGAACAGCGUGUUAAGCAAGGAAUAUCGAGUAACUCUACCCAGUCGGAUACUUUCAAUAAGUAUCAAGGAGAAAAACAUUUGCAACAGGCACAGCGCUACCAAUUUGAGAACGAUUCAGAGGAUGAUGAGAUGGAAAAGGAACUCGCAAGUAACUUGGAUCAAAUCGCAGCUUAUUCCAAGAAGUUGAAAAACACUGCGACCAUCAUGGGACAAGAGGUUGGUGCUCAAAAUGAAAGGCUUAGAAAGAUUGAAGAAGACGCUGACCGUUUGGACAUCGAUGUGCAUCUCAACAACACUCGUUUGAAUAAUAUAAGAUGA